AUGAGAUUCCUGGUCAAGUUUCGCAAAUCCCUUCUAGGGGAGUUCUGUGCUAGUAUAUUUGCACGCUUCCACAGACGACCCAGUGACGACCAGGUUGACUUUCAGCAAGGGCGAUAUAUUUUCCCAGCGGAAAGCGAUCCACAUGAAGCAACGGCUCUCGGAUUCCCUUCUCGCUGCUCCCUACCGCCAGAGCAAUAUAAUGCAGUCUGUCGCGAGCUUGCGGAACUGGCAGCUGCAAUAACCGAGUUUGAACCCGUUCGAAUCUACGUGCGGCCCGAAGAUACGCCUUGGGCAGAGACCGUGUUGAAAGAGAGCAUCAAAGACGGGUCGAAAGUAACUCUCACUCCAUGUCCCAUCAACCACUGCUGGGUACGCGAUACCGGUCCAGUAUACGUUCACAAUGCGACGGGGACGCACCCAAAAAGAAGAUUUGCGUUGAACUUUCAAUUCAAUGAGUGGGGUGGCAAGAAGCCCAUGAAUGAUGGGAAGUGUUGGGGUCAACAAUGGCCAUUGAUGGACGACAAGACACUGCAAGAGAAUACUGAUUUCGCGCGGUGGGUCAUUGAACAUGACACCAAUCCGUCACCCGUUACCUGCAUCGAUGCUCCCAUUCGCCUUGAGGGCGGCGCACUUGUAACAGACGGAGAAGGAACUCUACUCAUCACCGAGAGUAGCAUCAUAUGUGAAGCCCGUAACCCUGGCAUGUCGAAGUCAGAGAUUGAGGCCGAGCUGAAACGACUACUGGGCGUUGAGAAAGUGAUUUGGUUCCCAGGGCGCCGGAACAUGGACAUCACCGACGCACACAUGGAUGCGGAAGCCAGGUUUGUGCGGCCCGGAGUCAUCGUCAUCACGAGACCCCACGAGGGUGAGAUCAACAUGUGGAACGAGAUGUCAGCAGAGAUCCACGAGAUUCUGAACCGCGAAACCGACGCCAAGGGGCGACGCAUGGAGAUCCACAGCAUCGACGAACCUGACCCACGAGACUUGGUCAAAAACCCCGAUGACGAGCUCAUUACUUCCUACGUCAACUUCAUUUUUGUGAACGGUGGUGUAAUUAUUCCCAAAUAUGGCGAAGAUGUGAAGGAUCAGCAAGCGCUCCAGACUUUACAGAUGUUGAUGCCGGAGCGUGUCGUCCGACAGGUCUAUACCAACGCCAUUCCUCUUACUGGCGGAGUGCUGCAUUGCGUCACCCAGCAGGUUCCUGUGGCAAAGUGGUUGUCUAAUAGAAACUUGAUUGAAUGUUCUGGGCCCUAUGCUUAG